UCCCUACAGAGCAAUCCGAAGAAAAAAAAAACAUUUUCUCUUGUUGAUAUAUAGAAUUAAGCAUGGCGACCAACGUGUUUGGGAAUCCAGUGACGGAUGAAACAGUGAGAUUAGUUUCUCCGAACAUCACUCAAAUCACCGCCCGAGACAGAGCAAGAGUGGCUUUGCAGUAUAUGAACGCAGAAGAGAAAGCGACGAACGUGAGUCGGUUUGUGCACAACCUGAAGGAGGCUUACGGCACUGGAACCUCGACGCUUGGCAUGAUUUACAAUGCCACCGGAGGUAACCUAACAUUUGAUCUCAAUCACACUUGGGAAGGCGCUGUUUGGCAUUCUCCUUACCCUCAAAUCAUUCAAAAUGGGCAAUGGGCUGGAUUUCUUCACGUCCGUGAUAGGCUCAUCGGUCCUUCCAAAGAAGCUAUUGUGUACAGAGGGGUGAACAACGAUGGAGCCGGCCGUGAUUGGAUGCUGGCUUGGAAUCCCGCAUGAAUUAUCAGAAUCGCGUGUACGCUGAAAUCGGUACGGCCGGUGGUUUUGGUUCGGCGAACUGGAACGCCAUUGAUAGUAAGAUGGAUAGUCAAACGAAUAAUUACUCUACCACCGCGCUCGGAGGCUUCGCCAGUGCGUCGAUUGGCGCAGGCAGUUCACCGGAAUUUGUGGGAAUAAUGUCCUUGGAUGAUUUGGGAUCCAAUUUUAUGGCGAUGGCCAGUGAUGUUAGCGUCGUCUCGCAGUCGCUUGAUUCCAAGUAUGUGGAUGAUGUUGAUGGAGCCGAUGAAGAACCUCCUGCUGAAUAAUUAGCUUGAAGCUGGCUGGCUGUCUGAUUAGAAGCACUACUAUAUAUAUUCCUAAGAAAAUAAAAUAAUAAGAAUAAUAAUAAUCAUAAAGCACUCGAUCGAGCAGUACUGUUAAUUAAUUAUCUGUGUUGUGUUUGGAAGAAGAUGAUAGUGCAUGUUGUGUGUAUCCGAAUGUGAAUCUAUGAUGUUUGAAAUUAAUGAUUAAGGAUAUUAGAAA